AUGCGGCAGGGCGUUCGAGCGCUGUAUCAGACUGCCGGUCUUGGAAAAUUGCGGCCAAACAUCGUAAUCCUGGGCUACAAGGGCAACUGGGUGGACAAGGAGCCGACGGAGAAGAUGAUCGGCGAGAUGAGCGAGUAUUUUGGCAUUAUUCAAGACGCUUUCGACUAUCGUAUGGGCGUUGGGGUGUUGCGGAAUUGCAACAAUGCCGGUCUGGACUUCUCGGAGAACCUCAGGAUUCUGAAUGGGCACCAUGACGGCAGGAAAAAGGAAUCGAUUGGGCCAGUUAAGGAUAGUAAUCCACAAGUCAACUCCGGCCGUUCGGAUGCGUCGUUCGAUAUUUUGAAGGAAAAGGACAAGCUGGCGGAUAUUGAAAAAGGCCGCCUUUCCGACAACGAAGAAAAAGCUGCCGACGAAGACGACGCGCUUUCUACAGUACCCCAAAUGGCGCCGUCGCGGAGCGCCCGGUCGAUGGAGACCUUCAUGAGGGAGGGGAUGAAGGUGGCCGAGGCCACUGGAUCGUUUGCCGAGAAUUUCCCGUUCGAUUUCGAUCUAGACGACUCCGAAGCAGACAGUGAGGGCGAGUACCUCGACGCGGAGGAUGAAAAACCUCAAACUACAGAGGAAUGCGAGCGGAUCCCGCUCAAAGAACAAAAGACGAAUAUGAGCAUCAGGAGGAGAGGGUCUCGUCGAACCACCGUGGAGCAGAAGGCCCUCCUCACGGGAACGAUUGACGUCUGGUGGCUGUAUGAUGAUGGAGGGCUUUCACUGCUGAUUCCGCAUCUCUUAACGAUUCCAAAAUCAUAUUUGGAGGGCGCUAAACUCCGUGUCUUCUCCAUUUCGACGUCGAGACAUACGAUGGAGGCUGAGCAGCGAGGACUCGUCGCUUUGUUGACGAAGUUCAGAAUCGACUUCAGCAACGUGUCGGUGAUGUCGGACAUUGGGAAGAAGCCGAAACCGGAAACGCGUAAAACCUGGGAAAACCUAAUCGCGCCGUAUACGGUAGCCGAGGGAGAAGAGAGGGAAGGAGACGGAUGGACCUCACCCUCAGAGCUGCAAGCCCAGAGGGACAAGACAUUCAGGCAGCUCAGGAUUGGGGAGCUGCUACAGGAGAACUCGAUGGGAGCUGAUUUGAUUGUGAUAACGCUUCCGGUCCCUCGUAAAGGAAUGUCCGUGCUCACUUUUUAUUCU